CUCGAUCCCUUCGCGGGUGGGGGUGGGGUGAUAAGGCAGGUGAGCCCGCGGCGGGUGUGGCUCCUGUUGUUCUUCAGCACAUUCUGUCUGGGCUCCUUUAGACCCUGCUCAACCUGUCGCCGCAGACGCACGCGCCCUCCGGCUCACGCUGCCUCAUCCAGACCCGUCACCCUCUGUCUAUCGCGGUGCGCGCCUCCGCUCGUCACCCGUGGAACAGGUGCUUCCUGGUCUCCGGACGACCUGGACUUCGCCCCGGUACUUCCCGCUCGUGCUCACGCGCUUAUCGCCAGUGCAAACAGCGCGGCCUCGUCCUCCAGGACUGGCGGUGCCUCCGACACCGGUGACAGGCGUUCUUCAUCGUCCCACUCCGUGGAUUUAAGACGGUUGGUUCGCCAGCGAAGGCCGCGACUGGUCGCGUGCGGGUGCGUGUGGGGUCAAAAUGAUGGAGGAGGUGUUCACGAUGAUGGCGUACGAUGCCCAGGCUGUAGAGCAGAUGAGCGAGCAGGAGAUCCUGGCCUGUUUGGGGGCUGAAACCGGACCCACCUUCACACAGGUCCCAUCAAAGAAAGCGAAACUGAAGAAAGGCCGGCUGCAGAUAAUGGAGGACGAGGAAGACCCCUUGGACAAAUACCUGACUGUUCUGUGGCCUCGGCAGAAAGAGAACCGUCGACUCCAGGAGGCCAGCCUCCGUCUGGAGCAGGAAAACGACAGCCUGGCCCACAGGCUGAUCAGCAGCAAGGUGGCCCUGAGGAACGCCCUGGACACGGCCGAGGACAGGGUGGACGAGCUCGCCAAAGACCUCCUGCAGAGCAUGCAGCAGCUCCAGGCCUCGGAGGAGGAGAGGAGGAGGAAGGAGGAGGAGGCGGCCACGCUGAAACAAGUGUUUCGGCGGGAGCUGGAGAAGUCCGAGCAAGAGGUCAAGAGGUCGGCGGUCAUCGUAGCCGAUUACAAACAGAUCUGCGCUCAGCUGACGAAGCGCCUGGAGCAGCAACAGGCCGCCUACAGAGACGAGAUUGAUUCGCUCAAGCGCGCGGUGGAGGCGUGUCCCCGCUGUCGACGCGCCGCGGGAGCGGAGCGGCCGUCGACCCCGGAGAGCGAGGUGACAGAACCGGGUCGGGAGGAGGACGGGACGGGUCCCAGACCGGAGCGGGACCGGGAGAGGGAAUCGGUCAGGGCUCAGAUCAGGGAGCUGGAGCAGGAGUUAGCGCAGACCAAACUCCAGAUGGUGGAAGCUAACUGCAAAAUACAGGAGCUGGAGCACCAGAAGGGAGUCCUGGCCAACGAGCUCAACGAGGCCAAGAACAGCUGGAUCAGCAAGGCCUUCACGUCCCUGCGGACCUCCACCAAGGGCCUCAGCUCACCCAGAGACGGGGCCCCCGCCGCGGGCCGGAGCCGCCACGCCGCCCCCCUGUCCGGGUGGAGAACCAAGAGGCUGUGGCCUCACAGAGACAAGGAAGAGGACGCAGACCUGGACGCAUGAUCAGGCACUUUUAUCUAAACCUCAUGGGUGACUUUAAAAAAAACAACAACUGCUGGCUGCAACAAUUCCUUGAUGGAAUUGUCCCUGCUAUUCCCAUGUUGGUCGCUAGAGGGCAGGCCACCAGGGAAUCACCUGAUUUAUUGCCAUACAAAAAGCUCAUUUGUGUUGUACUGUUGUGAAUAUUUUUCUAUGCUUUGCCAAUUUAAACAUAUAGAUAUGAAAUAACGUGGCAGCUGCUGCUUGUGACAUAAAGAAACAAUAUAAAAGGUG